ACACCAACAUACUUCCUCUCUCUCCCUCCCUCCGAUGUCUCCUUCCACACUCACACUCUUCACUCUCCUUAUUCUCCUCCCGGCGGCGACCCUCAGCUCCGCCGCCCUCCGUGGCCACAAUGCAGCUCGCCAUGGUGGGGACCUCGUCCGCUCGUCGUGCUCCCACGCGCGCUACCCGGACCUCUGCUUCCACACGCUCUCCUCCUACCCCGGCCCCACCGACAACCCACGGGACGUCGCCCGGGCGGCCCUCAAGAUCAGCCUCGCCCGCGCCCGCCGCGUGUCCAGCUACCUCAGCGGCCAGGCCGCCUCCUCCAGCUCCAAGUCCAAGCGGGAGCGCGGGGCGCUCGCGGACUGCCUCGAGCAGAUGUCGGACUCGGUGGACGAGCUGAGGCAGUCGCUGGCGGAGCUGAAGCACCUGAGGGGCGGGGAGGAGCUGCGGUGGCAGCUCAGCAACGCGGAGACGUGGGUCAGCGCGGCGCUGACCAACGAGGACACGUGCCUGGACGGGUUCCAGGAGGUGGAGGCGAAGGUGAAGGGCGACGUGCGGCGAAAGAUCUCGAACGUGGCGAGGGUCACCAGCAACGCGCUGUACCUGAUCAACCGUCUCGACGAGGGCACGAGCCGUCGCCAGAGCGGCAGGGGGAGGAGGCCGGCAAGAAGGGCCGGGUUUGUGAUGGCCGGCGAUGAUGGACGGCUUUGAUCCCGCUGGCUCGUGGAAUGUGUCGAAGCAGAUUACUAUUCUCGUGGGUCCUUCAAACCUUCCCUCUCUCUCUCUCUCCAUAAAAUUAUAAAUGAGUAAUGGUUCGAAUUUUGGACCGACGACAUAGAUGGAUUUGUAGAUUAACGUGUUUAUGUUGGUGUGAUUUUCAGUUUUCGAA